UGGGUUCCGCGGCGGGGGCGGGGGCGGGGCGGAAAGUGGGCUGCGGCCGGCGGGUGGGCUCCUCGCGGCGGCCGGCCCCGGGACUCCUCCAGACCGCUCGAAGACGUAAAAGGCCCGCCGGGGUCCUCGUUGUUUCACGUCCAGAACCUAGUUCCUCGCGUCUUCCGCGGGGCUGUCCGGGACCAGCGGGUGUGGAGAGUGCGGCCGGCCUGGUCCGGGGAGGGCCUGCCUUAGCGCCAGCCCUCAUCACCGCCCCCGCGUUUUGCAGAGGAGUGAAACUCUGGUUGGCUUGCUUUCCAAUCAUACUUUGGCUCUUUCAUUUUAAAAAGUCUCGAGCGCCCACAGCCGGGCACUGUCCCGAGAACUAACCCAGGCUGUAGUGUUUGGGAAGCAGGCCCGCUCGGCGGCCACAGUUUCGGGCGUCCCACCUCUGCACGGCCGGUCGGGCCCCGGCAGCACGCGGAGAUGAGGAGCAGGAGCAAUUCCGGGGUCCGCUUGGAUGGCUACGCGCGGCUGGUCCAGCAAACCAUCCUGUGCUACCAGAAUCCCGUCACAGGGCUGCUGUCAGCCAGUCACGAGCAGAAGGACGCCUGGGUGCGGGAUAACAUCUACAGCAUUCUGGCCGUGUGGGGCCUGGGCAUGGCCUACCGCAAGAAUGCAGAUCGUGAUGAGGACAAGGCUAAAGCCUACGAGUUGGAGCAGAACGUGGUGAAACUGAUGCGGGGUCUUCUCCAGUGCAUGAUGAGACAGGUGGAUAAAGUGGAGAAGUUCAAGCACACUCAGAGUACCAAAGACAGCUUGCACGCCAAGUACAACACCGCCACCUGCAGCACUGUGGUGGGCGACGACCAGUGGGGCCACCUCCAGGUGGAUGCCACCUCCCUCUUCCUCCUGUUCCUGGCCCAGAUGACUGCCUCUGGUUUACGUAUUAUUUUUACCCUUGACGAAGUGGCCUUCAUACAGAAUCUUGUUUUUUACAUAGAAGCUGCAUAUAAAGUUGCUGAUUAUGGAAUGUGGGAACGCGGAGAUAAGACUAAUCAGGGCAUUCCGGAAUUGAAUGCAAGCUCUGUAGGAAUGGCCAAGGCAGCUCUUGAGGCAAUUGAUGAACUGGACCUUUUUGGAGCCCACGGAGGACGCAAGUCCGUCAUCCAUGUCCUGCCUGAUGACGUCGAACACUGCCAGUCUAUUCUGUUCUCCAUGCUGCCAAGAGCAUCAACAUCUAAGGAGAUUGAUGCUGGACUUCUUUCCAUUAUCUCUUUCCCGGCCUUUGCAGUGGAAGACAUGAACCUCGUGAAUGUGACCAAAAAUGAAAUUAUUUCCAAGCUCCAGGGGCGUUAUGGAUGCUGUCGCUUCCUUCGAGAUGGUUAUAAAACCCCAAGAGAGGACCCAAACCGAUUGCAUUAUGACCCUGCGGAACUCAAGCUCUUUGAAAACAUUGAAUGUGAGUGGCCCGUGUUCUGGACAUAUUUCAUAAUAGAUGGGGUCUUCACCGGUGACGCCGUUCAGGUGCAAGAGUACCGGGAGGCCCUGGAGGGAAUAUUAAUCAGAGGCAAGAACGGGAUCCACCUGGUGCCAGAACUGUACGCCAUCCCGCCUAACAAGGUUGAUGAAGAGUAUAAGAAUCCCCACACAGUGGACAGAGUCCCUCUGGGGAAGCUGCCCCAUCUGUGGGGUCAGUCCCUAUACAUCCUCAGCUCGCUCUUGGCAGAGGGGUUCCUUGCCACUGGGGAAAUCGAUCCCUUAAACAGAAGAUUUUCCACUUCCGUCAAACCUGAUGUUGUAGUACAAGUUACUGUUCUGGCCGAAAACAGCCACAUUCAGGACUUGCUGAGGAAACACGGGGUAAACGUCCAGAGUAUUGCUGACAUUCAUCCAAUCCGGGUCCAGCCGGGCCGGAUUCUUAGUCACAUAUAUGCCAAGCUUGGACGGAAUAAGAAUAUGAAAUUGAGUGGGCGACCGUAUCGGCACAUUGGCGUUCUUGGAACAUCUAAGCUAUAUGUGAUUAGGAACCAGAUCUUCACUUUCACACCCCAGUUCACCGACCAGCAUCACUUCUACCUGGCCCUGGACAAUGAGAUGAUCGUGGAGAUGCUGAGGAUCGAGCUGGCCUACCUCUGCACCUGCUGGCGAAUGACAGGCAGACCCACGCUCACCUUCCCCAUCACCCACACCAUGCUCACAAAUGAUGGCUCAGACAUUCAUUCUGCAGUUCUUUCUACAAUUAGAAAACUAGAGGAUGGAUAUUUUGGGGGAGCCAGAGUAAAAUUAGGGAGCCUUUCGGAAUUUCUUACUACGUCUUUCUACACAUAUCUGACCUUCCUGGAUCCAGACUGUGAUGAGAAGUUGUUUGAUGAUGACAGUGAAGGGAGCUUCAGUCCCGAUUCGGAUUUGGGAGGGUACUUGGAAGACACCUAUAAUCAAGUUACAGAGAGCGAAGAUGAACUGGACCAGUAUAUCAACCACCUCCUACAAAGCACAUCCCUGAAGUGCUAUCUGCCCCCUCUUUGUAAGAAGACAGAAGACAGCCAUGUUUUCAGUGCCAUCCACUCCACUCGGGAUAUACUUUCCGUGAUGGCAAAAGCAAAGGGUUUGGAAAUUCCAUUUGUUCCCAUGACUUUGCCAACUAAAGUUCUGAGUGCUCACCGGAAAUCACUAAAUCUUGUUGAUUCUCCUCAGCCACUCCUAAAAAAGGCGCCCAAAGAGGACUUCCAGUGGCCCAGAGAUGACCAGGGUGACGUGGACUGUGAGAAGCUCGUGGAGCAGCUGAAAGAUUGUGCGAACCUCCAGGAACAAGCAGACAUUCUGUACAUUCUGUAUGUAAUAAAGGGCCCCAGCUGGGACACAAAUCUUUCCGGACAACACGGGGUCACGGUUCACAACCUCCUCAGCGAGCUCUACAGGAAAGCUGGCUUGAACCAGGAGUGGGGUUUGAUCCGCUAUAUCUCUGGCCUGCUCAGGAAGAAAGUGGAGGUCCUGGCGGAGGCCUGCACGGACCUGCUGUCACACCAGAAGCAGCUCACGGUGGGCCUGCCGCCAGAGCCCCGGGAGAAGACUAUCUCUGCUCCCCUGCCCCCCGAGGAGCUCACAAAACUCAUCUACGAAGCCAGUGGGCAGGACAUCAGCAUCGCCGUCCUCACACAGGAGAUUGUGGUCUACCUGGCCAUGUACGUCAGGGCACAGCCCAGCCUCUUCGUGGAGAUGCUCAGACUCCGGAUCGGACUGAUCAUUCAGGUGAUGGCCACGGAGCUGGCACGGAGCCUGAACUGCUCAGGAGAAGAAGCUUCUGAAAGUUUGAUGAACCUCAGCCCUUUCGACAUGAAAAGCCUCCUGCACCAUAUUCUCAGUGGAAAAGAGUUUGGCGUCGAGAGAAGCAUGCGCCCUAUCCAUUCCUCCACAUCCAGCCCUGCAAUCUCCAUCCAUGAAGUGGGACACACUGGGGUCACCAAAACCGAGAGGAGUGGCAUUAACAGGCUGAGGAGCGAGAUGAAACAGAUGACUAGGCGAUUUAGUGCUGACGACCAGAGGUCCAGCACCCCAUCCUCGCCCACUGGCACGUCAUCCUCAGACUCGGGCGGGCACCACAUUGGCUGGGGGGAGCGCCAGGGCCAGUGGCUCCGCAGGAGAAGGCUGGACGGAGCCAUCAACAGGGUCCCUGUGGGAUUCUACCAGAAGGUGUGGAAGAUACUUCAGAAGUGCCACGGUCUGUCCAUCGAUGGAUACGUGCUGCCGUCGUCAACGACGAGAGAGAUGACCCCCCAGGAGAUCAAGUUUGCCGUGCACGUGGAGUCGGUGCUGAACCGCGUGCCACAGCCCGAGUACCGGCAGCUGCUGGUGGAGGCCAUCAUGGUGCUGACGCUGCUCUCGGACACCGACAUGAACAGCAUCGGGGGCAUCAUCCACGUGGACCAGAUCGUGCGGACGGCCAACCAGCUGUUCCUGCACGACCAGGGUCCCCUGUGUUGGUGCAGAAGCAUGUCCCAUCAGAAACCCUGGCCAGGAGGAGGUGGCAGCAGUGGACCUGAAACCAGUGUCUGUCCGAGCAGGACUCCUGUGCUCCCCCCAGGAGUGCCACAGGAUCCCCUUCUAGGUUUGCUUUGCUGGAACAUUUGCUGCAACAUCUGGUCUCGGAGUCUGAAGAGGAAUUGGAAACUGGUCCCUUUUGAGUGCAGUGUGAACGGAGAAGCCAGCUUCAAUCGGCUCUCGCUGAGAGUUCCUGCAAUCAGUCGGCGGUGCUAGUGACACAUCUAAAGAUAGGAAGAGCCUUACUGCGGCAGGAACGGACCUUGACAAGGGGAACGUCUUACCAGGAUGUAGUCUGUCCGCUAGUCUGUAGUGGACCAAACUGUUUACCAAAUAGAACAACUCUGUCUUUCUGUGGAA